UAAUCUCGGUGGGUCUGUCAAACCUGGAGUUCAUCGACAUGAGAUCCUCCCGUAAUAUGGCCAUCCUAGGAACAUCACUGAUGUGUGGCCUUCUGGUACCAUACUGGAUGAAGAAGAAUCCAACAGCGGUCAGAACGGGUGUAAAUGAAAUUGACCAACUGUUCACAGUAUUUUUGACCACGCCCAUGUUUAUAAGUGGACUUCUGGGUUUUUUCCUGGAUAAUACAGUCCCAGGUACUGUAGAAGAAAGAGGAAUUAAAAGAUGGAAAGAAAGUCUUUCUGGAAAAUCGACAGCAAUUUUGCAGGGAAGCAUGAAGGAUUACGACAUUCCGUUUGUGUCUGACUGGAUGAGAAAAAUAAAAUGUUUUAAACUCGUGCCCUGUUUACCUCCAUAUCAAGAGAGGACUUUGCAAGCUUGCGGCAAGGUUCUUAGAAGAAACAAAAACAAACGAAACAAAUAGGUUAUUCCCUCCAUAGCGAGC